AUGGGUCACCAUAACCUUCGCUUUGACGGCGAUCCUCACUCCCUGAGUGGAGUCUGGAGUCCCCCAACCAGCAGAGCCAAUUUCUGUGAAGAAGAUUAUGCUAUCACCUUCUAUCUUGCAGAGUUCAUCAAUGCCUUGACAAACGUUACAUACGUAUACUUGGCCCUACGAUCCAUGUAUCGCCCGCGUAGCGGUAGCCGUGGAUUAUUUGCUCCGAAAUGGGACUUCAUGUCUAUUUCCCUCAUGGUUCUCGGAUUUGGCUCUUUUCUGUUCCACGCGACUCUUCGCCAGACGCUCGAAUUUGUUGACGAGCUGUCUAUGAUGUUGCUGUCUUGGUCGAUGCUCCGAUCCCUCCUGAUCCUGCGACAGUCGCCCACCAACAUCCGCUACAUCUCGAUCGUUUUGGCUAUCUUCUUCAUUUCAUUCUCCGUCUUCUACGUCAUGUUCUCAAAGAUCAUUUACCAGGUCAUUGCCUUUUGGGUCUCGCUUAUCCUUAUUGGUGUACGGGUUAGAUACCUGUUCAACUGGGCCAAGCCUGGCUUUUCCGAGGAGAAUGUUCGCAACUGGUCUGUACGCGUAUGGACCGCCACCUUCACCUGUCUUUUUGGAUACCUCAUCUGGAAUAUUGACCUCGAGUUUUGUCACGAGUUGAGAAGCCUUCGGGAGAGAAUUGGGUUGCCUUGGGCUUUCCUUCUCGAGUUCCAUGGAUGGUGGCAUAUUCUGACGGCUGUUGGAGCAAGCCAGUUCAUGAAUGUGGUGAGAGAGGUCCGAGAGGAAGUGGACAGAGAGAAGAAGGAGUAA